AUGGACUCAGCAUUGUACAACAUAUGGCAUCUAUAUGGCACCUCUUAUGCCACACAAAAGACUCCACCCCCUUACUCCAUCCAGGAGGGAGAAGAUGCCACCGUUUUGGGUGAGCCGGUCUUUAUUCGGAAGCCGGAUGACCAGAUUGGGAUAUCAGGUGGUGUCGCCUCCUUCGUCUGCCAGGCCACCGGGGAUCCAAAGCCAAGAAUCACCUGGAUGAAGAAGGGGAAAAAAGUCAGCUCCCAGCGCUUCGAGGUUAUAGAGUUUGACGACGGAUCGGGGUCUGUUCUCCGAAUACAGCCCCUCCGGGUUCACAGGGACGAAGCGAUAUACGAGUGCACGGCGACCAACAGCGUGGGAGAAAUCAACAGCAACGCCAAACUGACUGUUCUAGAAGAGGAGCAGCUGCCUCAUGGGUUCCCCGUCAUUGACAUGGGACCGCAACUCAAGGUGGUGGAGAGGACACGGGUAGCCACCAUGCUAUGUGCCGCCAGCGGAAACCCAGAUCCGGAGAUCUCCUGGUAUAAGGACUUCCUUCCCGUCGACACGGCCACCAGUAAUGGAAGGAUUAAGCAGCUCCGCUCAGGUGGUACACCGAUCAGAGGAGCACUGCAUAUUGAAAACAGCGAGGAAUCUGACCAGGGGAAGUACGAAUGUGUCGCUACCAACAGUGCCGGAACACGCUACUCCGCUCCUGCUAAUCUCUACGUGCGUGUCCGGCGGGUGCCUCCGCGGUUUUCUAUUCCUCCCAGUAGCCAUGAAGUCAUGCCAGGAGGCAGCGUGAACUUAACCUGUGUCGCAGUCGGUGCGCCCAUGCCUUAUGUAAAGUGGAUGGCCGGUGUAGAUGAACUUACCAAAGAGGACGAAAUGCCCGUUGGACGUAAUGUUCUUGAGCUGACCAAUAUUCGUGAAUCUGCCAACUACACUUGUGUGGCUAUUUCCUCUCUGGGGAUGAUUGAAUCUGUUGCACAGAUUACUGUGAAAGCAUUGCCAAAGCCGCCAGUAGCUGUAACGGUAACAGAGUCGACAGCCACUAGUGUCACAUUGACGUGGGAUUCUGGGAACCCGGAGCCACUUUCCUAUUAUGUUAUCCAGUAUAAACCCAAAGCAUUUGAAGGGUCUUUCCAGGAAGUUGAUGGUGUCGCUACAACUCGCUACAGUAUUGGUGGGCUCAGCCCUUACUCUGAAUAUGAGUUUCGUGUCAUUGCGGUUAACAACAUUGGCCGUGGACCUCCAAGUGAAGUGGUAGAAGCUCAGACAGGAGAACAGGCUCCCUCAGGUCCUCCUUUGAGAGUCCAGGCCCGCAUGCUCAGUGCAAGUACUAUGAUAGUUCAAUGGGAUCCUCCCGAAGAAGCCAAUGGACAAAUAAGAGGAUUCCGAGUAUACUACACUUCAGAUCCACAUUUAUCUUUUAGCAUGUGGCAAAAGCACAGUGUGGAGGACAAUCUUUUGACUACUAUUGCAGGAUUAACCACUGGGAUCACAUACAGUAUCCGUGUGCUGGCAUUCACAUCAGUGGGUGAUGGGCCACCUUCAGAGAUGGUCCAAGUCAAGACACAGCAGGGAGUUCCAGCACAGCCAACUAACUUCCAGGCAGAAGCUGAAUCUGACACAAGAAUUAUGCUGACCUGGCGCUAUAUACAGCAAGAACGCAUCGUCUCGUAUGAACUUCUGUAUUGGGAAGGUCAGGAUGGGCCACAACAAAAAAUAACAUUUGCCCCAUCAUCAUUUUACGCUGUUGAGGGGCUGAAGCCGGACACACUGUAUAAUUUCCAGCUGGCGGCCAGCUCUUCUAUGGGGCUUGGGGUUUACACACCAGUGAUCCAGGCUAGGACAGCGCAGUCCACACCAUCUGCCCCACCGCAGGAUGUGGAGUGUGCCAGCCUUAGCUCCACCUCUAUCCGGGUAAGUUGGGUAGCUCCACCAGUCUCCAGCCGCAAUGGAGCUUUAACCCGCUACUCUUUGGCCUAUCAAGCGGUGGCCGGGGAGGACACAUCCCGACAUGUUGUGGACAGUAUCCCACCAGACGUCUCCAGCUGGGAGAUCAAGGACCUGGAGAAAUGGACAGAGUACAGAGUUUGGGCGCGAGCUCAUACAGAUGUAGGGGCUGGGCCUGAGAGCCCCCCAGUCAUUGUGCGGACAGAUGAGGAUGUGCCCAGUGCACCACCAAGGAAGGUUGAAGUCGAUUCGGCAAAUUCCACAUCUGUACGAGUGACCUGGAAGUCUCCACUUCCUACCAAGCAAAAUGGUCAGAUACGUGGCUACCAGGUGACUUAUGUGCGCUUGGAAGGGGGAGAGCCUCGAGGAAACCCUGUUAUUAAGGACGUCAUGUUGGCAGAAGCUCAGUGGAGACCAGAGGAGUCUGCAGAUUACGAAGCCCUGAUAACUGGGCUAUCUCCAGAAACCACCUACUCCAUCACUGUUGCGGCAUACACUACUAAAGGAGAUGGUGCAAGGAGCAAACCCAAAGUCGUCACCACAACAGGAGCAUUGCCCGGGAAGCCGAGCAUAGGGAUUAGCACAACCACUCAAAACACUGCGCUGAUUCAGUGGCAUCCACCAAGAGAAUCGAUGGGAGAGCUUCUGGGCUACCGCUUGCAGUAUAAACGUGUGGAUGAGGAGAGAUUUAUCACUAUGGACUUUGGAAAGAAUGAACAUCACUACACGUUGACCAAACUACACAAGGGUGCCACCUACAUCUUCAAACUGUCUGCCAAGAACCGGGCUGGUUUCGGUGAGGAGGUUGAGAAGGAGAUCUCUACUCCUGAGGAUGUACCUAGUGGCUUUCCACAAAACUUGCAAGUUGUGGGAUUGACCACCUCCACAACAGAACUGUCUUGGGACCCUCCAGUACUGUCAGAACGCAACGGAAAGAUCACAAACUAUACAGUGGUUUACCGGGACAUCAAUAGUCCCCAAGAUAUGGUCAAUGUCACGCGAGACACUCACAUUACACUCAUCAACCUCAAACCCGAUACUACAUAUGAUAUCAAAGUCAGGGCAAGGACAAAUAAGGGGCUUGGGCCUCUAAGUCCCAGCAUACAGUCCCGCACCAUGCCGGUGGAUCAAGUAUUUGCUAAGAACUUCAGAGUGAAUGCUGUGAUGAAGACCUCAGUCUUGCUGAGCUGGGAAGUUCCUGACUCUUACAAAUCAGCUGUGCCUUUCAAGAUUCUAUAUAACAACCAGAACGUAGAAGUAGACGGUCAUUCCAUGCGCAAGCUGAUCAACAACCUUCAGCCAGAUACAGACUAUUCCUUUGUACUCAUGCACCGAGGCAGCAGUGCUGGCGGCCUGCAACACCGAGUUUCCAUCCGUACAGCCCCCGAUGUCCUGCAGAGCAAACCCUCAUUUACCAGCAAGUAUAUGGAGGACAGAAAGUUUACUAUUCUCUUGCCACGAGUACAAACUUCUUCUCCAGUGAGAUGGUAUUACAUUGUGGUUGUUCCACUUGAUAGUACCAGGAGUAGCCUCAGCCAACGGCAAAGCCCUGAGGAUAUGGAGCUGGAACAGAUCCUGGAAGCCAUUAAUCAAGGGUCUCGUCGGCAAAAAAGACAAGCAAGCAGGAACAAGCCAUACAUAGCAGCCCGGCUGAACACGCUCCCAGAAUCGUUUACUAUUGGUGACAAUAAAGAAUAUAAUGGAUUCCUGAACAAGCCUCUGGACCCUCAUCUGAGCUACACCUGCUUUGUGCUCGCUGCUCUAGAAGAUGGGGACACAAAGAAGUAUGCUGCCAGUCCAUACUCGGAUGACAUUGUGGUGGAAGAAGUAGUUUCAACCAGGCAACAAGAGGAACCCGAAAUGCUUUGGGUCAUGGGCCCAGUCCUUGCCGUCAUUCUUAUCAUCAUCAUUGUUAUUGCUAUUCUGUUGUUUAAAAGUAAGCAGGAGAGGAAAAGAACCAAUUCCCCAUCUAAUAAGGAGGAUCAGACACCGGGUGUCAAGGAAUCCCUCUUGGGAAAUUCAUCUGAUCCUGUGGAACUGCGGCGCCUGAACUACCAAACUCCAGGUUCCAGUGUCCCCAGUUAUCCGAGUAUCUCAAGUAUGAGAGAACAUCCACCCAUCUCGAUCAAUGACCUCUCUGAACACAUUGACCGUCUGAAGGCCAACGACGGACUGAAGUUCUCCCAGGAGUACGAGUCCAUUGACCCCGGGCAGCAGUUUACAUGGGAGAAUUCUAACCUGGAGGUGAACAAACCAAAGAAUCGUUAUGCAAAUGUCAUUGCCUACGACCACUCGCGUGUUAUCCUUACCUCAGUGGAUGGUGUCCCUGGCAGCGAUUAUAUCAACUCCAACUACAUAGAUGGCUACAGGAAGCAGAAUGCUUACAUCGCUACACAAGGGCCGCUACCUGAGACUCUCAGUGACUUCUGGCGUAUGGUGUGGGAGCAGAGGACAACCACCAUUGUCAUGAUGACUCGCCUAGAGGAAAAAUCCAGGGUGAAGUGCGAUCAGUACUGGCCGAGCCGUGGCACCGAGACGUACGGUAUGAUACAAGUCACCCUAUUAGACACAGUAGAACUUGCCACGUAUACAGUGAGGACGUUCGCUCUCUAUAAGAACGGCUCCUGUGAAAAACGAGAAAUCCGGCAGUUCCAGUUCAUGGCGUGGCCGGACCACGGGGUCCCAGAGUACCCCACACCUAUUCUGGCCUUCUUACGAAGAGUAAAAGCUUGCAACCCCCCAGAUGCUGGCCCUAUGGUUGUUCACUGCAGCGCCGGUGUGGGAAGAACGGGAUGUUUUAUAGUCAUCGAUGCAAUGUUAGAGAGAGUAAAGCUUGAGAAGACUGUAGACAUCUACGGUCACGUGACCUGCAUGCGCUCUCAGCGGAAUUACAUGGUGCAGACAGAGGACCAGUAUAUCUUCAUCCAUGAGGCUUUACUAGAAGCAGUGAUGUGCGGAAACACGGAAGUGCCGGCACGCAGCCUGUAUGCACACAUCCAGAAACUGUCUCAGGUCCCUCCAGGGGAAAGCGUCACCUCCAUGGAGCUGGAGUUCAAGCUCUUGGCCAACUCUAAGGCUCACACCUCCCGAUUCAUCAGUGCCAACUUACCAUGCAACAAGUUCAAGAAUCGGCUGGUGAAUAUAAUGCCGUACGAGAUAAGCCGUGUGUGUCUUCAGCCCAUACGUGGAGUGGAGGGGUCAGACUAUAUAAACGCCAGCUUCAUCGAUGGCUACAGGCAACAGAAAGGGUACAUCGCUACUCAGGGACCCCUGGCAGAGACCACUGAGGAUUUCUGGCGCAUGCUAUGGGAGCAUAAUUCUACCAUUGUGGUGAUGCUGACAAAGCUGCGGGAGAUGGGCCGGGAGAAGUGUCAUCAGUACUGGCCAGCAGAACGCUCCGCACGCUACCAGUAUUUUGUGGUGGAUCCCAUGGCUGAAUACAACAUGCCUCAGUACAUCCUGCGCGAGUUUAAAGUGACAGAUGCAAGGGAUGGACAGUCUCGGACAAUCAGACAAUUCCAGUUCACGGAUUGGCCAGAGCAAGGAGUUCCAAAAACGGGAGAAGGCUUCAUCGACUUCAUCGGACAAGUGCAUAAGACCAAGGAACAGUUUGGACAGGAUGGACCGAUAACUGUUCACUGCAGCGCCGGCGUGGGGCGGACCGGAGUCUUCAUUACACUCAGCAUUGUCCUGGAGCGGAUGAGGUACGAGGGAGUGGUGGACAUGUUCCAGACUGUGAAGACUCUAAGAACACAGCGACCGGCCAUGGUACAGACAGAGGACCAGUAUCAGCUGUGCUACAGAGCCGCGUUGGAGUACCUAGGCAGCUUUGACCACUAUGCAACAUAACUACCGCUUACCCACUGGCCGAGCUGGGAGUGAAAUGCGUCCAGGGACUAUGGCAUCGGACACAUCACCCUGUGCCGAGCUGUCCUCCUCCAGGCGCUGUUCCCACCUCAUCACGAGAUAAUGCAAAAGCUUUUUGCGAGACUUGCUUGGGGAUUUCAGCACAAUUCAUUCCUUGUUCCCUUCCAUACAGGUCUUGCUUCUCUGGUCCUAUCUAUGGCACACAGAAAAAAAAAAAAGAAAAUAUUAUAAUACAAUUAACAUUUGUUUUUCUAUUAUUUUUAAUAACUUUUUUAGAGUAUUUUUCUUUUUCUCUUUUUUUAAGUGUGGUGUUCCUGUAGGGAAGCCUUUUUAUCAGUUCAAUAUUAUUAUUAUCAUAAUUUUUUUUUUUUUAUUCUUGAAUAAGCGCGCUAAGGGAAAUGAUUCCUACAUGAAAUAUGUCAUUGCGACUGCAGGAACCCCUGUGUUGUGUGCAGAACUCCCGGAGAAGAGGGGACCAUACCUCGAUAAAGCACAUUCUUAUUAUUACAGCACCCUGGGAGGCGAGCGUGCACUCACAAAAACGCUGUCAGCACAAGGAUGCAUUGAAGAAUUAAAGCAGAUUAUCCCAAAUGAAGAAAUCACUUUGAGUGACCGGUGUGUGGACCUGUGUACUUGAUGUCUCUCAUCUCAUCCAACACCCGAUCGCACAGGAGCCGAUGGAAAUUACGCAGCAUAAUCACUGACUUUAGCACAAGGGUUGGACAAUGAGGGACCAAGAAAAAAAAAAAAAAAAAAACAUUGCCCAGUUCUUUAUAUUUUUUACAUUAUAUACUUAUAAGAUUUUUUUUCCUUCUUUUGUUUUCUCUUUUUACUUUUCUUUGCAGUCAGCGUCCAUCGGGGGACGCAGCUCGCCUGGUGCGAGAGACGGUUAGAGGUGUGGUGGUUACCUAGAGGUUUGCUGAAUAUAAAACAGUAUAUAUUUGCUCAGAGAUGUAGGAUGAAGACUUGAAGGAUAUAUUUUUCUUUUACCAAGUUAUAUUAGUUUUAGGGGGGGAAAAAAAUUAUUCUUUUUUCAGAACGGUGCCACAUAGUGAUUCCUUCUGUCUAGAAAACGAUAACAUUUUUUGGUUAUAGUGUGCAGCGUUUCGGACCUUCUACUAGACGCGUCCCAGAAAAAAAAAAAAAAAAACAUACAAAAAAAAAAAAGGAAAAAAAAAAAAAAGUGUACUUAUGAAUGGUACUCUGUAUUACUACACAUUAUAGCGGAGGCUGAUGUAAGAAAUAAAGGUGGUGGAGAAACCCUUGAAGUUGUAUCACACAAUGUCAUGGCUGGGAACCGACGUGAACGCUGUCUCUCUAAUGUUGGAUAAGGAAAUCAUUUUUACCUUGUGUAUACAUUAGUGCUGUUAGGAGUUUGCUCCGUUGUAUACAGUAUGUUUUUUAUUUGUUAAUAAAAAUGAGGAAAAAAAUAAAAAAAAACACACACAACAUAAAACUCAAAGUCUACUAAUAACAGCAUCUUUGCCGAAGAAAAGAAAAAAAAAAUCUCAAUGUUAAUAAAUUUGAAUAAUCAGGUUUGAUACAA